AUGGAUCCGGUGGAGGCCGGUGAUUGGUUGAAUGGGAGGCCGCAACAGCUGGUAUUUCUUACUGGGCUUGAUCCCACUAACAAGGAGUCACACUCAGCACUUGUCAGCACUUUAGGAAUUGCUUUUAGCGUUCGAUCUCCUGAUAGACCUCCACUAAAUCUUCGCUUAGUAAGUGGGGAAUUAGGUAUGCCACAGAAGACAGAAAAGACGACUGGAAGAGGGAUUUUAAGACGUGAUUGGCCGUUAAAAUAUCUAGAAAGGGUUCCUGCUUUGAUUGUGUUGUUUCUCGAUCUUGAUUGGGACCAUUCGUCAUGGAGUGAGAAGAAAACCGAAGCUGAAAGUAAAUGCGCUAGCCUUCGCGCAAGUGCUGCAACAGAACGAGCACAUGAACUAUGUCAGAUUUGCCAUCUCACACCUCGUCAGCUUUUCGUUUUGCCUGUGUUAGGUGAUCUUACUGGCUAUGUGUCGAAAUUGGAGUCUGCUUUACAUGAAUUAGCUCAAGGUUUCUACCAGCAAAGACUCAAAGCUAUUCGCGCGCGCUCAAUUCCGAACAACACGCCUGCAUUGGUAGUUCGUCAGCUAUUCAAAUUGGCCUUCCUCUCAGAACUGAGACAGGAUACACACACGGCAUACCGAAGUUUUCCCGACAGAAACUAUCGGCUGGCGUACGAGCAAUGCAAAGACCAUAUGGAAAGUUGGGACGGCAUUGAUAUUUUCGAAUGGCGAACAGUUGUUGGAUUACUCAAUUAUAAGUGCUGGCAUUUUGCACAACUCUUCGAACAAGCAGUUGUCAAUGGUCUAACGGCAUUAGCAACCCUAAACCCUGGAACUCAUCUCGACUUGGCCGCUUCUUUGUAUUCUGCUGUUAACAAGAAUAUAUUAGCGCUUAAAAAUAGCAACCCUGUGACAAAACCGUAUCCAGUACCUGAUCCGUUAGACGCAAUACACAAUACGAUAUUCUUUGGUCAGCGACCAUGGAGGAUUGGUUACAGUGGACUUGCACCUGCUAACGUUGAAGAAGAUGCUGUUACUGCUAUUCUGGAUUACGUGUGGUCAUGUGUGCAGUUAAUACCAUCCAUGCCUUCAAUUGAAGAUGGUUUUCGAGCUGUUCUUGGUUCUGUUCCUCCUCCUCUUCCAUUUCCUCGAAAUGAUAUGACAUACGAGCAGAUCAGCAGAGUGUGUUUAGAGUUCGGCGAUCGUCACUCAAAGAUGUUCGGUCAGCUCGAUUUUAAUCUCGAUUUCCCGCCUCUUCUCCCCUCUACACAUCUGAAGUCUACUUUCGGCUCAAGUGCUUUAAGGCUGGAUUUCAAACGUAACGAGCAACUUUCGACUGAAGCAGUGGCUGUGUUGUUUGUGGACGAUAACGAUGAACUACGUUCUGAACUGACUGUGGCUGGACCACAAAUCGCAGAUGCUGAAGAGCUGGCUAUCGAACUAACAACAUCGUUCGAUUUGGGCGACAUGUUCAUGUUCUGUGGUGAAAAACGGGUGAGUCGUUAUUUCUGUUGA